AUGCCCUGGUAUCUCACUGUUACUAUAGACGUGUACCAGCAUCUAACCUUCCCCUUUCACUCCCCCCACCAAUCCCCUUCCCCCCCAUCCCACCCGUCCCACCCAUCCUCACCCAUCCCUCCUUCCAGCCGCCAUCCCCCGCAAUCCCUUAGACGUGCUACCGGCGUCUCUCUGGCACCAGGUGUUCCGCUGCCUGCUGCUGCCGCCUUGCUCCUCCCACCCCGACAGUCCUCUCGUUCUGUCUUCUCAUAUUCCCCCUUCACCCCUCCAUCAAUCCCUUUCUCUUCUCACCCCUCUCUCCUUCCAGCCGCCACCCUUCGUAAUCCCAUCGACCUGCUACCGGCAUCUCUCUGGCACCGGGUGUUCCGCUGCCUGCUGCUGCCACCCGGCUCCUCCCACCCCGACACCCCCCUUGUGCGCGGCAGGCGCAAGACGCCCUGGUGCCUCACCGCCACCAUGCAGCCCCCAGCGGGCAGAAACCUGCCCGUGAAAUUUGUGGACCCUGACUUUUCAGCAGUCGGGCAGCACCAGAAGAAUGUGAAAACCUAUGGCAGUGGAUGGGCGCUGCUAUGCUGCUCCCUGGUCAGCAAGAGGUUCCGCAACCUCGUCCUCUCCUUCUCCGCCCAGCACCCCAUUCCCUUGGUCUACAACAACCUCCACCCGCAGUGGGAGAGGAGCAUCGCCUUCUUCCUGCGCCACCGCAGCCUCAGGUCCCUCGACCUCACCUUCACAGAUGUCAUGCAGCUCGACACCAUCGUGUCCCAGGACGAGUGGGCCUUCGCCUCCCUCACCUCGCUCACCCUCAAGCUACGUGGCUGUCCGGACUACUCUCAGCUCUUUGACAGGGAGCUGGGCAAGGCGGAUGGGUGGGCGGGGAGGCUCAAGGUGCUGCGCAGCUUGACUCUCAAGCACGUGGACUGUAGUCACGUGGAUUUCAAAUAUCUCGCCACGAUCACUCCACAGCUCACGGAAUUCACGCUCUAUGAGAGCUGGGAUUUGGAUAACCCGUCCGUCGGCCCCCGUGGCGGCGGCAGCAGCAGCCAAUUCUGUUUCGAUCUCUCAUCGGCUCGCGUCCUCCAGUUCUACUUCGCGCAGAGCAGCCUCACGCUCUUCCUCACCCUCUCCCGCUCGCUCAAGGCCUUCUCAGCCGUGGCCAAGCGCCUCGUCCUCUCCUGGAGGAGCGCCGCUCCUCUCUAUCUCGACCACCUCUCACUCUACGGCCAGGAGCGCCUCGUCAUCUCCUCCCUCCGCCUCGCAUCCGCCCGAGUGGCCUACCUCAACGGCCCUCCUAGAGACCGACACUCCCGCGAUGAUGCCUACUCCUCUCAAAAUACAGAUUCUUCCUCUUGGGCCACCCCUGCUCCGCCCCCUGACUGGCUGAGCUCGCACCGGCGCAGGUCGCCUGAAUUCUCCUGGGUCGAGUGGCUGGGUGCUAUAGCGCCAACAGUGGAGGUGCUUAUAGUGAGGCAUGGGGUGGCUGUAGAGAAGGUGGGUGUGGAGUGGAGCUGCCUGCGCAGCCUUGGGAUUGUCGUGGAGAGUGAGGAGCGGUUUGAGAGAGAUAUGGAUUUUGAGCGGCGGCGGGAUGAGGGGGAGGAGGAGGGGAGGAGCGGCGUGUCGAGCAACUUCUUUGGGGAGAGGCAAGCGAAGAAUGUGAGAGAGAAGAUGCAUAGUGUGAAUAGGGGGCUGGUGGAAGGGUACAGUGUUGAUAAAGAUGAGGCUUAUAUGUUGAAGUAA